AAUCUCUUGUCCCUUUUAUUACAAUGUCCUCCGAGGUUUCUUCUCUUCCUUACAAUCUGCACCAACCUUUUUUUCUCAGCCCUUUUCGUCUUAAUUAAUCAGAAUAAUUUUCAGUCAUUAGUUUCCUAAUAACCUCUCCUAAACCUCCUCUUAACCAUCCUAACUUCUCCUCUAAUCUUUUCCCUCUCUAAUUUUUUCCAUAACUUUCCCGUCUCCAAAGGCAGGAUGGCCUUUCCUCUCCCCCUUCUAGGCCUCCUGUCUUUGUCCCUCUUCCUCACUACUAAUGCCUUUGCCACGUCUGGGAUACGCCAUGGGAUCAUCCGAAAGCUUUCUCCUCCCAAUGUUUCUAUUUUUCGAGAAGCUCCUGCCUUUCGAAAUGGAGAAACUUGCGGAUCCCAACCCAUAGAUAGAAUCCACAUAGCUAUGACACUUGAUGUAAAUUACCUUCGAGGCACCAUGGCUGCUGUCCUCUCGAUCCUCCAACACUCCACCUGUCCAGAAAAUGUCGAAUUCCAUUUCCUUUGGGCCCGAUAUGAGCCAGAUGUCUUAGCCAGCAUCAAAUCCACGUUUCCUUACCUCCAUUUCAAUGUAUACCGCUUUGACUCCAACCGAGUUCGUGACAAGAUAUCUAAAUCAAUUCGGCAAGCAUUGGACCAACCCUUAAAUUAUGCUAGAAUAUACCUUGCCGACAUUCUUCCACCACACGUAAAACGCAUUAUCUACUUGGAUUCUGACCUCGUUGUCGUGGAUGAUAUCAGGAACCUAUGGGAAGUUGACUUAGAAGGAAAGGUAGUUGCAGCACCGGACUAUUGCCACGCCAAUUUCACUAAAUAUUUCACUGAUUUGUUCUGGUCAGAUAAAAAACUAUCCAGCACGUUUUCGGGAAGAAAACCCUGUUACUUCAAUACAGGAGUCAUGGUGGUGGACGUUGAAGAAUGGCAGCAAGGAGAGUACACUCAGAAAUUGGAGGAAUGGAUGGUGGUGCAGAAACAGAAGAGGAUAUACCACUUGGGUUCUUUGCCACCGUUUUUGUUAGUCUUCGGCGGGAACAUAAAGUCAAUUGAUCACCGAUGGAACCAGCAUGGGCUCGGUGGCGAUAACCUCGAAGGCCGAUGCCGAAGCCUCCAUCCUGGACCAAUUAGUUUGUUACAUUGGAGCGGGAAAGGGAAGCCAUGGCUAAGACUGGAUUCCCGAAAGCCAUGUGUUGUUGAUCAUUUGUGGGCUCCAUAUGAUCUAUACCGUUCUUCAUUGCAAUUACUGGAGAUAGCCUACAAUGUCAUCCCUUGUGUUGUCAAGGGUUGAAUUAAUGGAAUCCGAUACCAUGGGACCAAACUGUUAAGCGCAUGAAACAUGGAGUAAAAGGGGAAUACAAGUGAAAUGGGAUU